AUGGAACGAAACAGACUAUGACAUAAUCGCGAUCGCUAGUCACGAGGCACACGCGAGGCAGUCACACAGGUCUUAGCAGCUGCACAGACGACACAGACCUACAGAAGUUUGUCAUGUCGAUCAUAAGCGUUCUGCUAUCCGCCCUCAACUGGUCAUGGAGCCUCCAGACGUUGCUAGUCGGUGUUGUCGUCAUCAUCACGACGGUGCUGUGGAAGCGGUCUGCAGCAGCCGGCUUGCCGCCCGGACCGAGAGGACUGCCUCUGGUCGGGAACUUGUUCAGCAUGAGCAAAGAUACCCCAGUAGUUUACCAAGAGUGGUCCAAGAAGUACGGGGACGUCUUCACCGUGUACGCGUUUCGCCGUCCGAGGGUUGUUCUGAACGGCUUUAGCGCCAUCCGUGAGGCUCUGGUGACGAACGCAGAUGUUUUCUCCAGCCGUCCUCCCUUCCCAGUUUAUGGGUCGCCAGAUCAGAGUGCAAGAGGAUUGCUCUUGGAGCCGUACACUGCUCGUUUCAAAGAGCACAAGAAGUUCACCAUGUCCGCUCUCCGCGACUUCGGUGUAGGCAAAAGGAGCAUGGAAGGGAAGAUUCUAGAAGAGGCACGAUCACUCAGUGAUGUCAUCACGAAGAAAGAAAAACAGGCCUUCUGCAUCUCUCGGCUGUUGAAGAAUACAACUUGCAACGUCAUCUGCUCUCUCGUGUUUGGUUCCCGCUACUAGUACGAUGAUGACAAGGGUAAAGAACUUCUACUGAUGAUCGAACAAACGUUCUCUGUCAAGCGCCAUCACAUGCUACCCAUUCUGUUCCCAGUGGCUCGGGUGAUUCCUAGCUUAAAAAAGGGAUCUGAACGGUUUCUCAACAACCAGCUGAAGCUGAGGGAACACAUUCGAGAGGAAAUAGCAAAACACAAGGAGACGUUUGACCCGAAUGACAUCAGGGACUUUUUGGACACAUUUCUCCUGGAAGCUAAAAAGCGAGAGGGAGACCAGAAUUCGACCUUCACCGAAGAGCAACAUGUUGAGCUCGUCCGCCAACUGUUCUUGGCAGGUACUGACACAACAGCGACCACCUUGCACUGGGCCGUACUGUUCAUGAUUCUCCAUCCGGACAUCCAGCAGAAAGUACAGCAGGAGAUAGACAGCGUGCUGGGACCCAACCAGGACCCCUCCAUGGAACAUCGCAGUCAGAUGCCAUACACGGAGGCCACGUUGAGUGAAGUAAGCAGGGUGGCAGCAACCGCUCCAAUGGCAUUUGGACACUUUACCACCAGUGAUAUAGUCUUCCGGGGUUACCAUAUCCCCAAGGCCACCUCAGUGGAGGUGAACAUCUGGUCGGUGCUGCGUGACCCACAGCUCUGGCCCGAGCCGAACAAGUUUGACCCUACCCGCUUUCUUGACGACACCGGGAAGUUUACUAAGAGGGAAGAAAUGAUCGUGUUUUCUAUGGGUCGUCGCCUCUGUCCUGGUGAACGGCUGGCCAAGGUGGAGCUGUUCCUGAUCUUUACCUCCCUGUUACAGCGCUUCACGUUCAAACCGCCAGAGGGCAAUGACAUGCCGUCUGCCGAGGGAGUCUUUGGGUUGGUGUAUGCCCCGGCACCAUUUCAGCUCGUUGCUGAACUAAAGAAGUAAAGUUCGCAGUUUGUGAAAUUGUGGUGGUCUGUUUCAUAGACAUACACAAAACUCCAAGAAUGUAAUAUAGAAUGGAAAUUAGGUGAUCUGGAUAAGUUUCUAAUUACAUUGUAAUGAUACAAAACUACUUGACGAAGGUACGGGGUUGUAGAACUCUAGUUGUAGUUGUAGUUAACUAAGCCAAUAAUAUCACUUGUAAAAAUGAAUGAUAAGCCAGAUAUACAAAUAUUUAUUCAGCAGAUGUAACUGAAGUCUGAUGUAGCAGAAGAUGUAACUGACGUCUGAAGUCACACACACCAGAAGACAAAAGAACCGACAUAAAACCAUAAUUACGUCACAGAGUAUUCAUGUUCAUUAAUAAAGGCUGGUCAUGUAACGUGGGCAGUGUAUCGUCAAAAAUAGGUAAGGGCUUGUUCAAUGGAAUUCAUUGAUAAUCAUUCAAUAAUAUUCACAACAUUACCAAAUAUAAUAGUACUUCAAAGUUAUGUGUGUAAUCACGCUCAGUCAAUCAGUAAAGGAAUGACAAUGACCAAUUCUUGACAAUGACCAAUUUUGACAUACAAUAUGAUAAUCUGAAAAGUAGAUCUGUUAGUAAAGAUAUGGCUAUCAAUGAUCAAUUUCAAUAAUCGUGAAAAAUUACGAUAAAUCCAUAACGUUAUACACAGGCAGGAUAUCCUUACUUGAGUAGCGUACAACGUGCGCCGUCACCCAACGUUCCACAAUUGCUACUGUUAGUACUAUCGUACGUAUCUGUACGGCCAGCCAUUUAGUUAGUAGACUGUAUUUUCUUGGUCGGUGCAAUAGUCCUGGCAAGACGGUACGUACUCUUCCGGAUCCUCUUCAUGACAUUGAUGAUUUCGUACGUCUUGUUGUUUGUUUAAACAGCUGAGUCCCGCUUGGUCCCGAGCUCCGGCGUUGGGGAGUUUACGUGCGCAGAGGUUCUGUACAUUGGGUUCCGGCUCCGAAGUAAAUGUGUAAACUGCUCCGAAAAAGGGAGGUUUAAUUCGUCUGGCUUAUCCCUGCUUCUUUUUACGCAACAAAACAAAUCAAGGGGGGCUAUAAAAACAACGAAAACCACCAAUGCAACGGUUGGUAGCAGAGGGUUCUUUGAAUUUGUGACGCCGACCAGGUGUGGAGUCGCGUCGGUCUGUUCUUCUCCUCUGUUUGUUGGAAAAAGACGUGUAUUCUGUUGUGUUUUUGCGUAAUUGGAAUCUAAGAUAGAUGUAUUGAAAAACACCACCUUUGUUUUUACAUUGGAAAAGUUGUCAUUCAAGACAGAAGCUGUUACGUUGGUAUAAAUUUGUCUGCUAUGUUGAAUGGCUAACCUU